AUGUCAAUUCUAACAACCUGGACCCCCCACAAAACCUCCAAAAUAGCCCACCUAACAAUCUCCCGCCCAAAAAAACUAAACUCCCUUACCACCCCCCUCCUAACAAACCUAACCUCAACCCUGCACCAAAUCUCAAAAACACCCAACCUUCUUGCCAUAACCCUAACCGGCGCGGGCUCGAAAUCCUUCAUAGGCGGCGCAGACCUAACCGAACUAUCAACCCUACCGAACGCCACCGCAGCACGGAAAUUCAUAAUAAACGUCCACGAAACAUGCACCGCAAUCCGAACGUGUCCCGUCCCCGUUAUAGCGCGGAUCAAUGGGUUCGCGCUUGGGGCAGGGUUGGAAAUUGCUGCGGCUUGUGAUUUGAGGGUUGCAGGUCGGGGGGUUGUUUUUGGGAUGCCGGAGGUCCGUCUCGGCAUCCCCUCCGUUGUCGAAGCAGCACUCCUGCCCGGCCUAAUCGGCUGGGGCCGUACAAGGCAAUUACUAUUACUUGGAGGAACAAUCUCUGCCACGGAAGCGCUUAGCUGGGGGCUUGUUGAGAGGGUUGUUGCGGAUGAGGAUCUUGACGGUGCUGUGUUGGAGUGGGUUUCGGAGAUAGGGAGGAACGGGCCUCUUGCUGUGCGCAGGCAGAAGGCUUUGAUUUCGAGGUGGGAGGAGCUUUCGCUGGAGGGUGGGAUUGAAGCUGGUGUUGAGGCUUUUGGGGAGUGUUUUGUGGUUGGAGAGGAUGGGUCGGAGCCUAGGAGGAUGAUAGGGGAUUUCUUUAGGGAGAAAGAAGAGGUUAAGAAUAAGGCGAGGAUUGAGGCUGAGAAUAAAGAUAAGGGUAAGGGUAUUGGUCAGGGACAGGAAAAUGAGCGGUUCGGGUUGUGA